AUGGUACGAAGAUCUCAAGUACAAGCUCAUUCUAUUACUCAAUCUAUUAAUAAAAUACGAUUGAUUGAUGAAUUACCAAUAAAUCAAAAAUAUAAUUUUGUUUUACUUGGUAACGGUAGUUUAGUAUUUGGUAAAAUUCUACAUAGGACACUUAAAUAUCCUUAUCGAUUAUUAAGUGAAACAUUGCUUAUGAAUAAUAAUUCUGGUACUUAUCGACCUGAUGAUAAAAUGGUGCCUGAUGGUGUGGCUUAUUUUCAACGCCUCUUUUCUCAUUUAUUAGUACGUGAAAUCUCACAACAUUAA